GAACAGGCUCUCUGAUGUUCUUCAGCUGUUGGAGGUUGAUCUAUUUUCUUGCCUCUUGGCAAUGAAGGAUUGGAACCCACAUGACAAAUGAGUAAAAUUCUCCAGUCUCAGCUGGGAGUCUGAAAAGAUGCAGCGAAGACAGAGUUCUAAGACCCCAAAGCGGCCUCUGCAAAUUCAUCAUAAAAAUCAAACUGAUCUCUCUGCAUGGCGAAAAGGAGGGAGAACUGACCCUGAAAAAAGUGUCCAGAAUCAUCAAUCUCCUACCAAUCAGAAAAGUGACAGCAAGCAAGACUCCCUUGAGCAAGCUUUGAGCUACUUUGAGAAAAUUCAAGACCAUGUUUCACUGAAGAAGAACAAUGUUAUGCAGAAACACUUGACUACUGUGGAAAGCAUUGCUCUGCAAAGAGGGUUACCCCCUGAAGCAUUUGAUGUAUUGCUAAACGUGGCACUCAGUGGCAAACUUGCUGAUACAGUGAAUACUCGUUUACUGAAGAGCCUGGUUCCAGCCUCAGUAAUACCAGAAACUUCUGUGGUUUCAUCUGUAUCUUGGCUCUGUGUCAGCAAAUGCUCAGGCAACAUCCAGCUGCUUUUUUUAAGAUGGCUGAUCACAGUGUUUGACUUCAUUGAUCACAAGGAACAACUUCAUGCCCUCUAUGGUUUCUUCUUUUCCUUCCUACAAGAUGAGAAGAUGUGCCCUUAUGUCUGCCACCUGCUCUACCUGCUGACCAGGAAAGAAAAUGUCAAGCCUUUUCGGAUUAGGAGACUGCUUGACCUCCAAGCAAAAAUGGGAAUGCAGUCUCAUCUGCAGGCUCUACUAUCACUUUACAAACUCUUCUGUCCUGAGCUGGUGACCAUAACCCUUCCUGGGAAAAUGAAGACUUACCUCAAGAAUUAUGAGGGCCCAUGGAAAGCAGCAAUCAACGCAAUAAGGCGAAGAAACCAGGAAAACUCUCCAGUGUUGCAGCCACUGUUUUUAGGCACAGCUCAACCUCAGUCACGGAAGAGGAAAUGGAAUACCCAGUUGAUUAUACCUGCAAGCAGUACAAACAAAAAUAAUUUAGAAGAGGACAGGGAAAAGAACCGUGUUGAUUUGUACAGUACAAAUGAAUCUCUUCCAGUGGAGCAGCUGCAGACCUUUUCUCAGCUCCUACAAAAUAUCCACCGUCUAGAGUUUCCUUCCCAGAUGGGUUCAGUGCUAACAAACCCUUUAUUGCUUCACUACAUGAAUUGCACCAAAGAUGAAUCUAUUUACCUGAGGCUCUACUAUUGGAUGGGCCAGACUCUUCAGGAAGAAUGCACCUGGUGUGUGGCUGAUAAUAACCAAUAUGAAGAAGAAUUCAAGGACUUCCUGGAAACUGUCUACAAGACGGAGUGUUUCUUGCAGGAGGGAUUUUCUUCCUGUGAAGAGUUCCUGUAUAAGAGCCUUCCUCUCUGGGAUGGCUUCUGCUGCCGAUCACAAAUUCUCAGACUUGUGAGUUGGAUCCCCCUCAGCAGCUUCUCUGAAAUGAAGUCACAUCUCUAUGAUCCCCUGGCACAGCUCUUUUUCACAUCAUCCCUUUACUUUAAGUGCAGUGUUCUUGAGAGCCUGAAAGAGCUGUUACAGAACUGGUUAAAUUGGCAUGUGAUUCAUCUGGAUUCAGAGUCUGACUCUCAAGUCCAUUCUUUGAAUACCACUCUUUCUGGACUAGUGAACGUGGUGGCUGAACUGAUCCAUUUUGUCGGAUGGAUCUCUACUGUUGCAUUGCGUUUGGAAAACAAUCCUACUUUCUUGCUGUACUUCAUCCUGGAUUUCUAUGAGACUGUGUGUGAUAUGUAUCUGAGGUACAAUCUGCCUUUGUUGAUAAUGCCUCCUGCUGGAGUUUUCUACCCAGCGCUUCUCAGCAUGGAUUCUGUCAGCUUGAAUCAGCUCUGCUACAUUAUGUACAGGUAUCGAACCAACUUGGUGGCUGCAAAAGAAAAUGAGCUGAGUAAAACGAAAAUACUGCAAUUCAAGUUCAGUAGCCAGACAUACCAAGAGUACAACCAGUACAUAAUAGCUAUGGUGGGUUGUCUGUGGACAUCCAGUGUUUUCCAGAAGGAUAUUCAUCCUCAAGGUCUUCGUAUGGAUGAUGAACUGCUGAAGAAAACCACAGUGCAGGAAUUCAAAACCAGCUUUAACAUUGUCUACCACCCAGCCAUGAUGGGCUAUGCUGUCCUCUUCCUGCAGCAGGCUUGGCCAGAUGAUACCACCUUCAACUUCAGUUUAAUUAAGUAUCUGGAAUAUCUCUAUGCACAAGGUUUAAAGGGCCUCAAGGUCUUUAUUGAAAGCAGCAUCAAUCGUGUUUCCCAGGCCUCUCACAGUAAAGCAGGGAAUGUGCAAGUGUGA